AAAUAUGUCCGUUAUCAAAAUCAUCUUAAAUCAUACUAACGCUUAUUUUUCGCAAUUACUAUUCUUUAUAAAAUCUCAUAAUCCACACCCACAAACCAUAAAGUCUUGUAUAGAUACACAGAAGCUGUACGUAUAGUUUUGUAGUUGCUAGUGAUAGGCCUUUAAAGUUUUUUCACCACACUGUCCUUUUACAGAGUAUGUCACACUGACAAAGCACCAACCAAGAACCAAAGACUGAUAAUGCUGAUGACCCUUCAAAGAUAAAGAGAGAGAAAGCAGAGAGAGAGAGAGAGAGAGAGAGAGAAUAAAGUUGGAGAAGUUGGUGAGAGAGAGAGAAUCAAUGGGGUGAAUGUGAGAAUCUAGCGGCUGGGGUGGUUAUCGUGACAACAGCUGCUGAUCAAGUUUCUGUUUCUUUCCUGUUGAUUUUGAUUUCUUCCACAAAAUUUGCUUAGAAGUCACCACAGUGAUUCAGUGAAGCUCAUUUUCUGCAUUUUUACCAGUUCCUGAUCAAGAAGUUCAGCUGAUUGUUCUGGUGCUGGCCUAACAUAUAAGAAGCGUGUUUCUUGAGGUUGAACGAGUGCAUUAUUUCCUCGUUGCUGGAGUUAUGGCAGCCUUAUCACAUUCAGAAUCGAGGCGUUUAUAUUCUUGGUGGUGGGAUAGCCACAACAGCCCCAAGAACUCAAAAUGGCUCCAAGACAAUCUAACAGAUAUCGAUUCCAAAGUCAAAUUUAUGAUCAAGCUACUCGAAGAGGAUGCAGACUCCUUCGCGAGGAGGGCCGAGAUGUAUUACAAGAAACGUCCCGAGUUGAUGAAACUAGUCGAGGAAUUCUACAGGGCGUAUCGUGCAUUAGCUGAAAGAUACAAUCACGCGACAGGGGAGCUGCGCCAUGCCCACCGGACCUUAGCAAAGGCGUUCCCCGACCAAGUACCUGUUGAGCUGGUCGAGGAUUCGCCUUCAAAACCUCUGUCCCACAGCAAGGAGCCCCGCCCACCAGAAGCAAAACUAGCCCGUGCAUUGUUUGGCUCGGAUGAGGGGCUUAAAGAAGAUCAAGAAGGAGGAGACGAGGAAGAUUCAAAAUCCAUUGAACAUAGCAGAAGGGGAGAUGCGGAUGAAGUGGUGGAGCUUUCAAAUGAGAAUCAACAUCUCAAAGAUGAGGUUGUGAAGGUCACUGAAAGAGCUGGAAAAGCUGAGAGUGAAGUCGAGAGCUUGAGACGUGCUCUUGCUGAUAUCCGAGCUGAGAAGGAGAGUGUUCUUGUCCAGUAUCAACGGUGUCUGGCUGAGCUAUCCAGUGUCGAGGGAGAGCUCAGCAACGCGAAGGAUGACUCUGUCGAGCUCAAUGAGAGAGCUAGCAGAGCUGAAAUAGAAGUCCAGACGUUGAGGGAAGCUCUGGUUCAGUUAGAGGCCGAGAAGAAUGCUGGACUCGUUAAACACCACGAGUAUUUGGAGAAGAUAUCGAGUAUGCAAGAGAAUCGUAGGGAAGCUCUAACUCUGAGAGACGAGAUUUCAAGAUUAGAGCGUGAAAACGAAGCAGUGCUUCAAGAUUAUAAGCAGUGUCUUGAGAAGAUCUCUGUUUUGGAGAAUCUAAUCACCAUUCUCGAAAAUGAGGCUAGGCUGCUCAAGAAACAAGCUGAGACAGCUGAGAACGAAGUCUCUGAGCUCAAGCAGUCGCUUGCGGAUCUCAACAAGGAGAAAGAGGCCUCUGCACUCAGGUACAAAUGCUGCUUAGAGACGAUAUCCAAGCUCGAGAGGGACAUGUCGUGUGCGAAGGAGGAAGUCAAGCGCCUCAACAAUGAUGUUCUGAUUGGGAAUCUAAAGCUGAGGACUGCUGAAGAGAAGUCUCUGCUGCUGGAGAUGUCGAAUCUCUCGCUGCAAAACGAGGCAGAAAAUCUGGAAAAGAAGAUUGUUGCCAAGGAUCAACAGCUCUCACAGAAGCAGGAGGAGUUGGAGAGCCUCCAAGCGUCUCUGCAAGAUGAACACUCGCGUCAUGCAGAAGUCGAGGCCACUCUUCAGAGUCUUCAAGACCUGCAUUCUCAAUCUCGACACGAACAAAGAGCUCUGAUGCUGGAGCUUGAAGACGCGCUUCGCGCACUCAAGGACUUGGAAGCAAGCAAACAGGGGCUUGAAGGAGAAAUUUGUCAGGUUCGGGAAGAAAAUCGAAGCCUGAGUGAAGCAAACUUAUCUUCAGCUUCUUCGAUGGAGAAUAUGCAUAGCGAAAUCCUUACCUUGAGGGAGAUCAAGGAGAGGCUCGAAAAAGAAGUUUCACGCCACACGGACCUAUGUAGCUCCCUCGAGCAGGAGAUAGCGCGCCUGAAAGAGGAAAUCAAAGGGCUGAAUAGGAGCUACGGGGCUUUAGUCGAACAAGUUGAAGCAGCAGGUCUGAGCCAAAAGUGUGUGGCGAGUUCGAUAAAGAGCUUGCAGAAUGAGAACUCAAUGCUGAGAGAGACGAACGAAGAGGCGAGUAACGAGAGACAGAUCCUGUCGAAUAAGCUGAAGAGCUUGCAAGAACUUUUGGAUAAAAAGGUUCUCCUAGAAAGCUCCCUAUCGCGCUUGCACAGUGAGCUGGAGAGCUCACGAGAAACUGUUAAAGCAUUGCAAGAAUCUUGCCGGUUUCUCCAUGGAGAAAAGGCCACAUUCGCGUCUGAGAAAGCUUCUCUCGUGUCUCAGUUGCAGGCUGUGACUGAUAAUAUGCACAACCUGUUGGAGAAAAAUGCUGUUGUUGAGAAUUCCCUCUGCAAUGCAAAAGUUGAACUUGAAGGUUUGAGGGAAAAAUCGAAGGGGUUAGAAGAGAUCUGUGAAUUGCUUAAGAAUGAAAGGUCUCAUCUUUUGGACGAAAGGAGUAGCUUGGUGACUAGGUUGGAAAACGUCGAGAGGAGACUGGAAACGUUGGAACACAAGUGCGUGAGCCUUGAGAAAGAGAAGGAGGACGUGCACUGCCAAGUCGAAGAGCUCAAAAUCUCGUUGUUUAUGGAGAAGCAAGAACGAACUUCCUCCCAGCAUCGGAGUGACACCAGAUUGGCUGGACUAGAAAACCAGAUUCGUUUCCUGAAGCAAGAAAACGGCUGGAAGAAGAAGGAACACGAGGAGGAGCUCGAGAAAUCACUGAAAGCUCAGUUUGAGAUAUCCAUCUUGCACAAAUUCAUGAAAGAUAUGGAGGAGAAGAAUUGCUCUCUCAUCAUUGAGUGCCAAAAGCACGUUGAGGCGUCCAAAUUGGCGGAGAAGUUGAUCUCGGAGCUGGAGAGUGAGAGCCUCGAGCAGCAAGUGGAAGCUGAAGUCUUGUUGGAUGAAAUUGAGAGGCUGAGAUUGAGCAUAUACCAGGUUUUCAGGGCGCUUGGAGCUGAUUCGGAGUGCCAUCAUCCCGAGGAUAAGAUUGAGAACGAGAGGACAUUCGUGCACCAUAUUCUAGGAGCUAUUGAAGACAUGAAAUGCUCGAUCUCAAGCCAUGAGGACGACAAACAGCUGCUGUUGGUUGAGAACUCUGUUCUCCUCACUCUCCUCGAGCAGUUGGAAUCCAAGGGCAUGGAAUUCGAGUUGCAGAGGGAAACAUUGGAGCAGGAGUUCAAAACCAUGGGUGACGGCCUUGCUAUGGCUGAAAAUGAGAAAGAGAAACUCCAAGAGCUGAACGAGAUAUUGAAAUCCGAUGUGAGGGAGAGCCAUCAGCAUGCUGCGAUGCUUGAAGCUGAAUUGGAGAGUCUUACUAGCAAGCAAGCCGAUUUGCAUAAAUCCUACGGUGCUUUAGAGGAGGCGUACUUGCAAGUGAGUCGGGAUAAUACGGGUUUACUGAACAAGUUUUCUGAUCUAAAGGAGGAGAAACACAAGGUAGAUCAGCACAGCAAUGCUGCUCUACUUGAAUGCAUAGCAACUGAUAAUGAAUCAGUCGUUUUAAGGAGCUUCGUUGAAGAGAAGGCUUCGGAAGUGAAGUCGCUUCUCAAUGAUCUGAACAGACAGCACGAGAUCAAUUGUAGCCUUGAGAGGAAAAUGUCUGCAUUGGUAGAGAAGAUGGAGCUGCAAAAGGCAGAAAACGAGAUCUUGAGAGACGCUGUUUGUAGAUUGGAAGGAGAGAUGCAGGGGAUGAGAGAAUACAAUGUUGAGAUGAAGAAGGAGAUUCUGAGUGGUAAAGAGAGUUUGCUUGAAACAGAGGGGAAGCUCUUGGAUGCAGAGACGAAGCUUCAAACUGCCGAAAAUUUCAACCUAAAACUGUGCAGAACCGUUGAUGAGCUGAGGACGGAUAUCCAAGAGUCGGUGCAGAUGAAGGAGGCUCUCGAGAAGGACAUUAUCCGGCUGUCUGAAGCUAAUUCAGUCCAGAAGGAGAGCCUUAAUGUGAUUAAGAAGAACUUUGAGUGCGAGCUCUCCGAACUUCGUGUGCAGAUGGAAGAAAAAAUCGUUAGAGAACGGGCUCUGUCUUUGGAUCUCAAGGAGAAGAGCUACGAGUUUCAACUCUGGGAAGCAGAAGCUACGGCGUUCUAUUUUGAUCUUCAGAUCUCUUCCAUCCAUGAGGUCUUGUUCAAGAACAAGGUGCAGGAGCUUAGUGGAGUGUGCCGUACACUUGAGAAUGAGAAUGCUUCGAAAACAUCUGAGAUCGAGCAAAUGAAAGGGACGAUGAGCUCGAUGGAGAAGGAAAUCAGUGGGUUGAAGUCACAGCUGGAUGCAUACAAUCCAGUCAUAGCUGCUCUAAGAGAGGAUAUCAUGCUUCUUGAGCAUAAUGCACUUCUUCAGACGAAGCUCAAAGCAUCCCGUCACCACGAGCCAGAGGUUCUGGAAGUUGUUGCAGAUCCGGAUACGAGUAACUCUGAAACACUUAUGGAAGAUUCAUCCCUUGUUAGUUUACAGAGCUUGCAGAUGAGAGUGAACGCGGUUGGGAAGUUGAUGGAAGAGAUGAACAAACCGGCACCCCUCAGAAGAUCGGUCUCCAAGAGCAGGCAAGAAUCUGCAGGGGGCGAGGAGCAGGUGAAGUCCCGUCGUUGCUUGGGUAGGGAUAAGAAUGAGCACAGCCGAAGGAGAGGACAUGGAAGCGAGACGAGCAAUACUCCCAAGCUGCAGAAGAUAAAGACCAAAGCCUCUGAUCAGGUAAAGAAUGGAAUGCUGAUAAAAGACAUUCCUCUGGAUCAGGUGACGAGCAGCUCGCUGAAGGGGAUCCGGAAGAAAGGCAGUGGCAGGGUAGACGAUCAGAUGCUCGAGCUGUGGGAGACUGCUGAGGGGAAAGGAGACCUCACAAUUGGCGAGUCGCUUAGGAGGUCUUUCAAGAUGACUGAUAAAGACAUAGUGUACGACGAGUUUGAGAGCGUGAAGCGCUCGUCUGAUCCCCCCUUCACGGACUCAGACGUGGAGAAGGAGCUGGGCGUGGAUAAGUGGGAGGCCUCGAGGGGCAGCAGCAGUGAGCUGAACAGAGAGGUGAGUGGUAGGAGAGUCUUGGAGAGGCUCGCCUCGGAUUCCCAGAAGCUCGAGAGCCUUCAGACGACGGUGCAGACCCUGAGAGGCAAGCUGGAGGCCAACAAAAAGGGCUGUAGAAAGGCCAAGAGCAUUGAUUUUGAAACAGUUCAAGAACAGCUGCUGGAGGCAGAGGAAACAGUGGUGAAUCUUGUGGAUUUGAACGGCCGGCUUGUGAAGAGCAUCGAGGAAUGCCCUUCCCCAGAUGGAAAGGCGUCGCCACAGAAGAAAGAGGCCGUCAAGAUACGCAGAAGGAAGGUGACAGAGCAGGCGCGAAAGGGGUCUGAGAGGAUCGGAAGGCUGCAGCUCGAGCUUCAGAAAAUCCAGUACAUGCUGCUGAAGAUGGAAGAUGAGAAGAAGAACAAGGUGAGGAACAGGUUUCUCAAGAGCAAAACCAUCAUUCUGAGGGACUUCAUCGUCAACGGGAGGCGAAGCAGCAGCGGAAGGCGCAAGAAGGGCCCACUCUGUGGGUGUUUUAGGUCUUCAAGUAGUAGGAAUGGAAGCAGCAGCAGCAGCAGCCCUUAGUUUUUUUUUUUCACCUCUAUUUUUACCACUGUAUUGUGUAUCAUUUCUUUGAUUAGUUGGAGAAGAACUGAUCUCCUUAGUGUAGAUGGGAACUGUAAGGAUUAGGUGCUGUCUAAUAUUCAAUAAACUGCUUCUGCUAAGUUCAUUAUAUGCAAGAAUGUGUAUUGUGUUUGAA